AUGGCAAAGCCUCAGACAAAUGCCGAAGUCACUACGGUAGAAUGCCUCUCAGCUGAUGAUGGCGCGCUGUUCUCAAUGCCCAUACGUCCGUUGACAAGUUCUUGUCAGACAGCUUUCGGUACCGCCCCGCGUCAACCCCAGGGAGGUGGUCCAUGGGGUGCGUUCAAGCCGAACCCUGUCGGAUUGCCCUAA